AUGAAGAAGAUAAAAAGUAAUACUAUUGUUUGUGAACCUAAAGAACUCCUGAAUCCCUCUUCCAAAGUAACAAAUUGUUGCAAAUCACUGUGGGUGAAAUAUAGUUUUCAGAAGGCGUACAUGACCAGACUUGCCGGCAACCAGCCAGUUGCAGCCAUGUCAAGGAACCCAGAUCAUGACUCUCCCUCUGAGCCCAAGGAAAACAGCAUCAGCCAGAACCAUCACCAGGAGGAAAUAAUCCACAAGUUGGCCAUGCAGCUGAAAAACAUUGGAGACAGCAUUGACCACAGGAUGGUUCCAGAGGAUCUUCAAUGGGAAGGCAGAGAUGCACUGGCUCGUUUUGUCCUAGUUUUCUUCGGAGGCGCUCACGCGUUGCUGCACUUUCUCUGGAACCACCAUUUGAUGUGAAAGGAACGCACACCAAGUUCUGUUUUCCUCCUACCCUCUGAGAAACACGAAUCCCACCGGCACAGAUGGGAAGAAGACCCUGCCCCGUCUCCCUCUCUUUUUACCCGCCACUGUUGGUUUCUGCCUGGUCCCUUAGAGAACUGUGGACUCCCUGUCCAUCGGUCUGCUCAGAGCACUGGCUCUGAGGUGUCAGUGGUUGCCUGGUGGUAGAGCCCAAGGUGCACUUAGGAGGUGCUGCGGAUGGUCUCACUGCUCCUUGUGAGGAAAUCUCGAACAUUUCCUUGCUCAAGGGAAACCUCACCCUCAAACCAGA